AUGCUUGGUAACUCUGGUAAACAACUGUUGUCAAGCAACCGCUGCGUCCUCAACCAGUCCAGCAGGUGGCGCAAACGCAUCACGUGUCACAGAAAACAGCACGUGAAGAAAGUUCAGCUCACCGUUUCAACAGCAGAUGUAUGUGGUGUUUCUCUCUGUGAUCAAACAUCUCCAGAUCUUCUGCUUUCUGUCUGUAAUGAAGAGCAGAAGACAUCAGUGAAGCUGCUGGACUGUGAGAUGGAGCUGAAAACACAAAUCAAAGAAGAACAGACAGAUGAAGAUGAUGUGUUUUAUUCAGACCUGAUGAAGGUGAAGGAGGAAAGUUCAGAACCGAAUGAAAUGGAGGAGAAAGACCAUCAUCUCAUAACUGGAGAAGAAUCUGUGAUCUGCUUGAAGACUGAUUUCCCACAAAAAAAAUCUCCAAUAGCAACGGACAAAAAUUCUCAUAUUUGCUGUCAGUGUGGAAAGAUCUUCACAUGUAAAUCCAAUCUUAAUGCGCACAUGAGAAUUCACACUGGAAAACGGCCGUACAGAUGUGACCAGUGUGGAUUGACCUUCAAUCGUGAAUACAAUCUUAAUAGGCACAUGAAAAUUCACACUGGAGAAAAAUCUUAUAAAUGUGAUCAGUGUGGGAAGAUCUUCGUUCGUAAAUACAACCUUAAUUUACACAUGAGAGUUCACACUGGAGAAAAGCCUUACAGAUGUCAUCAAUGUGGAAAGAGCUUUUCGUGGGCACCGUCUUGGAGAGAUCAUCUUCUCUAUCAUUCUGGAGUGAGAUCAUUUCAGUGUGAACAGUGCAGUAAAACAUUCAUUUCUGCAAAUAACCUGAAGCAACACAUGAAGAUUCAUACAGAUGUGAAGUCUUAUGUCUGUUCCAUCUGUGGAAAGACCUUCUCAAAACUCUCCAACCUUAAAAAUCACAAGAAGAAAACACACACAGGUGUGGGAUCUCAUAUGUGCUCUGAACAGAAAUCUCACCUGUGCUUCUCAUGUGGACAAAGUUUUCGGAAAUCAAGACGUCUUGAGAUUCACAUGAAGAGGUGUUGCAAAGUUCAUCCACAUGAAACUGUUCCGAUCAGAAGAUCCCUGAGACCUUCAGCAGUAACUUGUUAAAAUUACUUGUUAAGUGUGUCCUUGUUGGACAUGUAAAACAUUCAGAGAACAUACAUGUAACAUUUCAGCAAAACCUUCUGUAGGAAUGUUACUUCAGCAAUGGUAGUAUUUUAAACAAGGGACAAUGAAUAAGAGGUUUGUGCAGUUUUGGGAUCUUGUGAAGUUAAAGGUUCUGUAUACUGAUGAUCAAAGUGUUAUGAAUAGAAACCGCUCAUCUCAUUAAAGGUCCAGUCAGUCAAAUCUAGAGAUGAGGUUGUGAAUUGCAACCAUCGGCUCACUCCACCCCUCCUCCCUCUCUUUUAAAGCACUACAGCGGCUGACACAACAUGAUGAAUUCAUGCAAGGGACCCGGCGGUGUAUGUCGAUAGAAAUAUAUAAUUCUAAGGUAACAACAUAACGCUUCACUAUGUAAGGUCUUUAUACACCUCUGAAGACAUAGUUAUGUAUAUUAAAAUGCAUCUCUGUCUUUCUGUAAAAAAAAGUGGUUCAUUCUCUCCUUUGCUUACCCCAGCUUUAAUCCUCCUAGUAGCAUGGCCUUGUAAACUAACGGUACUGUUUGGCAUGUUGACAAAAUGUUACCUACUUGUACCUACAAAAUCCUACUUGUAAAGCCUGGCUCAGACUACAGGAGUUUUAAAAUCCUGACAGAUUUCAAAUUCUGGCUGCAGCACACACAUAAGGAGAAUCUUAACAGAUUCUCUUAUUUAAAAUCUUAAACCUGGCUCAGACUACAGGAGUUUUAAAAUUCGGAAAGAUUAAAAAUUCUGGUUGCAGCACACACAUAAGGAGAAUCUUGACAGAUUCUCUUAUUUAAAAUCUUAAACAA